AUGGCGACGCACUUCGAGGCGGUGGGCAGCAGCAGCAGCAGCGGGAGCGGUGGCGGCGGUGGCGGCGCGGCGGGCGCGCGGCGCUCCGACGAGCUGGGCGCGCUGCUGGCGCAGCUGGCCGAGCUGACGGCGGCGCCGCUGGCGCCCGCCCGCGCGCACGCCCACGCCCUCGCCCUCGAAGAGGACGAGCGCGAGAGGGAGCGAGAGCGGGAGCGGGAGCGGGAGUGCGAGCGCGGGCGGCGGCACCACCGCAGGACGAACUCGGACCCCGACUACGACAUCCCCCGCGCCCACGGCCCCGCGCUGGCCCUGGCCGCGCUCGCGCCCUCCGCCGCCAUCGACGCCAGCCCGUUCCUCGGCGGCGCGCCCGCCUUCGCGCACCACCACCACCACCACCAUCACCACCAUCACCGCGCCUUCGCCCACGGCCCCGAGCCCGGCCCUGGGCCUGAUGACUCUACAGAUGAUGGUGAACUCAGCUGGACAGGCCUGAGUAUGGCUCCUGACUCCUUGGAGCCAAUUCCUGUACGUUUGUUGGAUGCCACUGGCUGAUACCUGGACCCAUAAGGGGGCCAAAUUACAGUUACCAUCACCGUCACUUCCACCACGUCAACCAAUCAAGGAUGAACAAGCAAUAGCGCUCCUCAAUGCUUGCCCUUGCCCUUGCCUUUGCCCUUGUGCUUUCCUUUGCGCCCUUUGCCUCCGCCGCCCUUUCCUUUGAAUCGCUUGCGCACACCUGAGGCUCCUUCUGUAUCAUCCUCAUCAUCCAGGCCUCCCACUCCACCGCGUUUGCGCUUGCCUGCCUUCCGAUCUUCAAUGUCUUUUACCUCCUGUAAGAAGAUAAAUGUAAGAAGAAAUUCAGAUAUCAAAAAGCAAUGGAAAAAUGGAAAGAAAUCUGCAGAGAAGAGAUGGUGUCAAAAAACAAAUAAACUCUUAAUUUAAAAAAAUACUAGUGGUUAGUUUUAGAAUAACAAACAAUUUUCAAAUUUAAGAUAAUAGACUAUACUACAGAUCAGAUACAAAUAUCAAUGGCAGAUAAAAUUACUGAAGAAAUAAGACUAAAGAAAGUAAAGAGAGAAAUUAUGUUUACAUAUGUACAUACCCAUCUUUUCUCAUUUACAUACAAAAUAUAAACUACACAGUUUUGAAAUGCCAGUAAGUCUUAAAAAUAUUAUGCACUUUAAUUGGCUGUCCAUGUGGUACUUUGGUUCAACAAUUACUGGUGUGAGUACACACUUUGGAUACCCUUCAAGACGAUUACUUUUAAAGCUAGUAAGACAGCAUUUAAACUUGACAGCCAAUUUCUUUAAGACUGCAAUGAGUUCCCCAUAUUUUGCUUAGGUAUAAAGUUUCUAAAAACAAAAACAACAAAAGGGUAUCUGCACAGCACUCAAUCUUUUACCAUUUAAGAAAUAUAAGUAAGAGUAAUGUUUCAGAGAGUUGACACAGUCACAGGCAAUUUUACUGCAAGUUGAAUGUGGAAGUGGUAAUUUCCUGAGAGGUUUUGUUACACAUCCAUUCGGAAAAAAAGAUGACAAUAUUGGCUUCCACAGAAGAAGCUGCUAACCUUUCAGACUAUCCUUGUAUAAAAAAUGUAUAGUGGAAAUAGUUUUGUAUAUAAAAGUAAACCAUUAUGUGGAGAUGGUUCUAAUCAUUAUUGAUAAAUGUUAAUUGUAUGUACACAAUUAUUUGAAGAAUGUAAGGAUAUCAUGUACACUUUAGAGCACCAAAUAUAAUCAAUACAUUCAAUUUUUUUUCCCUUCUCAUUUCAACAACAAAGUUUUAAUGCACUGAAAUGCAGAAUGAGUACAGACAUCUUGACUUACAUUCUAUUGCAUUGCAAAUUCAAGUAAAUGAAAAUGAUUUAAUAAAUAAGGAAACAAAACCUAAA